AAAUUAUUAUAAGUCGAUCCUCAAAUAAACCUAAAGAGCCAGUAUCUAUAUCUGAUAUAAGCAUUUCCCCGAAUUCUAAUUAUCUUGUUGCAUGGGGUUCACCGGAUGAUACUAUUUUCUGGAAUACUAUGGAAAAUAGAAAGCCAAUUACUGAUAUGAAUUCCUUUACUGUGGAUUUGAGUAAAGAGACAUUACACGUGAACAUAGGAAUGUUGAUAAGCACUAUUAACCCGGUGAAAGAAUAUAAGAAAGUUAAAUUUGCAAACAUUUCUGAAAAUCGUAUUGUCUUUAUCGGAAUGAGAUUAAAAUAUGCUAAAUUUCUUUCAAAUGGAGAUUUAGUCGUUAUUGUCAAAAAUGGAAUCUAUAAGUAUUCUAUGUCAAGAUCAAAUAUGUUGACAUUUCUUUUCCCCUCAUAUUUCAAAGUGGAUUAUGACUGUGGUGAAAUCUUCGGUGGUAUCAACAAUGAAUAUGUAUUAUAUGGGAUAUAUAAUGGGGCACAUAAUCAUAUUUAUCAAUGGAAUAUAAUGACAUGUAGUCUAAAAAUGCAAUACACAGUUAAGCAACCGUGGUCUGGAAUUUUAGAAAAAGUGGCGUUUAGUAAUACAAAGAAAUUGAUGGCCGUUAUUGAUGAAAGCAAAUUGGUGAUUUUUUUAACUGAAAAUGGAUUACCAUUCAUAACCAGAAAUCUUGAAGGGCUGUUCAAUGGUCUCGAAUUUAUUGUCAGUGAUCAUGAUGAAUAUUUAUUAAUAUAUUUUAGACCUGAAAAAUCUUACAACAAUCAAAAAAUUCAAAAAAUUGAUUAUAGUACAAUGAGGUUUAAAUUACUGAAACUUUCAUGUCCAGAAAAGCCUAUUGAUAUUACUAAUUAUUUAUAUAAUUCUUUAUUGGAAAUUUUGCCAAUGAAAUUGUCUGGUCCUAAUGAGGAAGUCACGAAUUUAGAGACUAAAGAUUUUGAAUUGUUGGAAAUUACAUCCGGGCACAUGGUCAUAUGUCACAAGCGUAAAUUAAUAAGCAUCAGGUUAAUUGAUAUUCUGCAAAAUGUUGAAGACGUAAAUGAAAAUAAAUGCGAUGAAAUUUUAAUUGAUGGAUGGGAUGCUUAUUUGGAAGCAGUUCAAAACCAAUUUUUUAAAACUUAUUUAUAUCAUAGUUUUUUAGACACUUCAGAGUACUGGAAAAAUGAAAUUUCUUUAGAGAAGUAUGAGAUGGGAAUUAAGGACAUAAUUAUUAAUAAAAUCUAUGGAAAUUCUACAAAAGAAAUUAAAUUCAGAAUUGAUUUUAAGAACAAAAUUAUUAAUAAAUCCCAUGGAAGUUUCACAAAAAAAAUUAGAUUCGUAAGUUGCAGUAUUCUUCAGAAUGACAAAUUAAUUUUUUUAACCGAACUCCAAAAAUUUAUUUUCAUUGAAUCAUCAACCUAUUAUCGAUUUGUGAGAAAUCCAAAUCUGAGACAUGUUGAACGUUGUAAAGAAUGGUUUCUAUGGGUAGGCGGAUGGAAGCGAACCAUUCAUGAGAAAAAUAACCAUGUAGCUUUUUGUAAAUUAGUAAAAGAAAUAAUUUAUGAUAAAUUUCUGCUAGCAGAAUAUGGUGGAGAAUUAUUAAGGCAUGCAAUUUAUUUAGGAUAUGAUAAAAUAGGUGGAAAAGAUGAUCCUAAUGAUCCAUGGAACCUUUCAAACACAUAUAAUCAAAUAUAUGAAAAUGGGACACAUUCAUCUGAUGCAAUUUUGGUUCAGACACCAAAUAGUAAUACGAACAUGUAUUCUAAUUUUGGAACUGCUCUUAUUGCAACAUAUAUGGUUUUAGCAGGAAAUAUUGGUUCAUUCACUAGCUGGAAUAUUAGCGAUAACCCAGUUUUAGCUAUACUGCUAGUCACUUUGUCAUUUUUUAUUGUAAUAUAUUUAAUGAACCUGUUUAUUGGGUUAUUAAAUGCGAUUAAUCCAAACAGUGCUCAUGAAUCUUUUCUAGCAGAAAAAGCAGCUAUUAUAGCCGAAAUCGAGUUAUUUUACUUACUUCCUCAACAGAGAAGAUGGAGAAAAUGGUUUCCAGAUACAAU